UCGAGUGGGGAGCUAGCCUCACCCCAAACCUGGCUGGGCGGUCUGCGAUGACAAGCUCGCCACGCGUGGUCGCCCAGAGGCAUGCGCGAUCAACUAAAGCACAUGAACUGCCGCCCCACGUUUGCUUACCGCUUGUAGGACCUUGGGGCGGCUGGCGGCUUGAGCUUCCUUUUUCUGCUUCUCCCCACUCUGAAAUCUAAACCAGUCCCUAGGGUCCAGAGGCUCGCUGGCACUGUCCUUCGGGUGAGGGAAAGAGGAAAGUGCGCCCGUGGGGUUUUGCAGCCGCGUGAUCAGGCGGCUACACACCGCUUCCUGUUGGCAGGUCCCUGAGCAAACAGCCUGUGAGAUGGGCCGGACAUCCAAGGACAAGCGAGAUGUAUAUUACCGCCUGGCCAAGGAGAAUGGCUGGCGCGCACGCAGUGCCUUCAAGCUGCUGCAGCUUGAUGAGGAAUUCCAGCUCUUCCAAGGAGUGACACGGGCAGUUGAUCUGUGUGCAGCCCCAGGCAGUUGGAGCCAGGUGCUGAGCCAGAAGAUUGGGGGACAGGGGUCCUGCCACGUGGUGGCUGUGGACCUUCAGGCUAUGGCUCCAAUACCAGGUGUGUUACAGAUCCAAGGGGACAUCACACAGAUGUCCACUGCCAAAGAGAUUAUCCAGCACUUUGAAGGCUGCUCUGCAGACCUGGUGGUAUGCGAUGGGGCUCCAGAUGUAACUGGCCUCCAUGAUGUUGAUGAGUACAUGCAGGCCCAGCUCCUCCUAGCUGCUCUCAACAUUGCUACCCAUGUCUUGAAGCCGGGGGGCUGCUUUGUGGCCAAGAUCUUCCGAGGCCGGGAUGUAACAUUGCUGUAUAGCCAAUUGCGGGUGUUCUUCUCCAGUGUGGUCUGUGCUAAACCCAGGAGCAGCCGGAACUCCAGCAUUGAGGCCUUUGCUGUCUGUAAGAGUUAUGACCCCCCUGCGGGCUUCUUGCCGGACCUGACCCGACCCCUCCUGGAUCAUUCCUACGAUCCAGAUUUCAACCAAUUGAGUGGUCCCACCCGCAUCAUUGUGCCGUUUGUGACCUGUGGGGACCUGAGUGCCUACGAUUCAGACCGAAGUUACCCCUUGGAUCUCGAGGAUGGUUCUGAAUACAAGUACACUCCACCCACACAGCCACCCAUCUCACCACCGUACCAGGAGGCCUGUACGCUAAAGAAGAAAGGGCAGCUGGCCAAGGAAAUCCACCCUCAGGACUGCCCCAGCAGUAUAGUGGACAUACCUCGCCACACAGUGCUUUCCUCUGAGGUUGAAGACAGUGAAAUGAAAUGUUCACUUUAACAGAAUAAGGUAAAUGACAAGCUAAUACAACUUGGAAGCGGUUUGGUAUCAGGAAAGCCAGAAUUUAUGCUGAUGAAUUUGUUUUCAAGUAUCACCACAUCAGUCUCUCCUAUGUGUUUGAGCUUAAGGUGGGAACAUACAACAUCAUGAAAAACAUCCAGGAACCAAAUGCCCGCCAGUGCUGCAAUGGGAGUUCUCAAGUGAGGUCUUGAUGCUUCUCUAAACCUUUACAGGACUGACCUGAUUUUUUUUUAUCAAAAGCAGGGCUUUUCUAGCUGCAUAGAAAUUAGGACUAUCUUGAUGCAGUUGAUGGAGGAAAAUAUGAGAUCUUUAUUUUCACUGGCAUAACUGAAAAUUUGCUUUUCUUUCAAAUAGGAA